AGCGCGCAGCAUGAACGCAGCGCGGCAAAGAGGAUGUGCGAGCAAGCGGCGCGCUACUGCAGGGACGGCGUCCACAAGCUGCUCUACAAGGACCAAGCCAAGCUGCGGGCGCAGGACAGCGGCGAGCAAACUAGAUUCCCCGCGCAAAACAGCGAGACCGCGACGGCCGCGCAGCCCGGGAACGGCGGCUCACAGCCCGGCGCCAUAGACGGGCUUGUGCGCUGGAUCGUCACCAAGAUGAGCGACAACAAGAGCAUCUCGACGCGCGAGUACGGCAAGGAGGAAGCUGCCGUGGCGCAAGAGCAAUUCUUCGCUCCGGAGCCGCGCAAAGGCAUUUCAGUCAUCCUAGACAUAUUCCGGAGAGCUGAUAAAGAUGAUGAUGGAAAGCUUUCCCUGGAUGAGUUCCAGGCCUUCUUCUCAGACGGCACCCUGAAUGAAGAGGAACUGGAGAAUCUUUUCCAUACCAUUGAUUCUGAUAACACCAGUAAUGUUGACACUAAGGAACUUUGUGACUACUUUGCCAAGCACAUGGGAGACUAUGAAGGUGUGCUUGCAUCCCUGGAGACUCUCAACCUUUCCAUCCUCAAAGCCAUGGAUUUCACCAAGAAGGUCUAUGAAAGAGGAACUAAUAUUGAGCAGUUUGUGACUCGCUUCCUGCUGAAGGAAUCAGCCAAUCAAAUCCAGUCCUUGCUCAACUCUGUGGAGAGCGCAGUGGAUGCUAUUGAUGAACAGCAUUGUCCUCCAGGAUCUUACCACAGUAAGAGCAGUCCACGUGUUCCUGAAAGGCACAAUGAAGCUCCGGUGCCAGACUAUCCACCAAAUAACAGACUUAGUGCCAAGGACAGCAUGAGGAAUCUGAAUGUGGGCUCAGGACCUGUCGAGGUGAGGAAAGAAGGCCUGGAAAUGCAGAUCAACCGUCUAGCUGAACUGAUUGGACGCCUGGAGAACAAGACAGUCUGGUUUGACCUGCAUCAGCGGCUUACUGACACUGAUGGUACAGCUAGCGCAUCCCUUCACCUGAUUCGCCAAGAGAUGAAGGUAUCCCAGAAGCAGCUGGGAGAGUUCUGUGAGGCUCUGAAGCAGUAUCUCAAGAAUGUCUCUGCCCAGAGGGACUGUUUCCAUGUGACUGCAGUGCGGCUUCCUGACGGACUCUCUUUCGUUGUGUAUGAGUUCUGGGAUGGGGAGGAGGAAUGGAAAAGACACCUUCAGAGUGCAGCCUGCAAGGCCUUCCAGCAUGUGAAAGUGGACACGCUGUGCCAGCCUGAGGUCAUGUCCACUGUGGCUGUGCCAGCCGCCUGGUGCAGUCUUAGCCGAGACUGAAAGGAACAGAGCUUGUGUGGAAGGCCAGGGUGGAAGGCCUCAUCUUACACCUGAAUAACCACACGCCUCCUCUUUCCUUCAUAUAUACCCCUCUUCUUAAGCCUCUAUAUCUCCGAUGAUCUCUCAAAGCUCCCUCUAUCGCUACUCCCCUUUCUCCCUCUCUUUUGUAACUACUGUUUACAUGCUGUAGGUUUGACUGCAAUGAAUGUGAAACAUCAUCGCAGUCCUCCUUAAAGCUGUUAAGGUUGCUUUCAGGAAUAGUAUGUAAUAUCUCUGGACUGUUUAUGGCUUCUGGGUGGAUCAAAACAAUGAAAAGGAAAGUAAACCUAGUCUCUGGUUACAAUAAUGGUUACGAUAACAAAUAAACCGAGUAAUUUAACUCAGUGUUUGGUAAACUGCAAAUGAGCAAACAUGCAUUGCAAAAGCCAAUGUGUAAAAGCCAAUGUUUCUGCAGUUUUCAGCCAAUAAUAUUAAAUCUACUCGGGCAAAGUGCACAACCAGAGACCCAGAGCAGCAACAUCAUGUAAAUGAAAGAAUGUUGUGUAAUAAAUGUUUACGUAAAUGAAGUUUACAGAUCUAGACAAAAUCUGACAUGCUGAGAGUCUUUAAAUAUUUUAGCUUCAAUCAGAACUAAAUGGAUUGUUUAUUGAUAGUACAUAUAUUGGUUGUGGAACAUUUAUAUUGACUGGAAUGAACUCAUGUCCUCUAACACUAAUUCCCAUAAAUCUUUUGUUGUGCAUUUCAUAACCUAAUAUGGUGAAAAGUUCACUGUUUACAAAGAGACUUACACAACAGGAUUUGAAAAUGAACUGUUAAUCUUCAUGAAUUAUAUAACAAUCAAAAUCUCACCACCUCUAAUCAAACAGCCUCAUUAAUAAUUACGGCAUGUAGGUUUGAUGUAUUUGUGAAUGGAAAUUUGUCAAAUUGCUUGUGGGCUCCUGUAUGAUGUGAUCCGGUUCAAGCCGAGGUGAAGCAAAUGUCCACAAUGAUGUGGAAUAUUCCUAGCUGUUUUCUUCCCCAUGAAACUUGGCUUCACUUUCCCCAUUCCUCACGUGAGUGCAUGUUCCAAUGAAUGUCCAGUAACUUAUUUGCUGUAGUAUUUAGAUAUGCUACUUUCAAUGGAUUUUGUGCAUUUCUUAAUUUUAUAUUACUUAAAUUAGGAACACCUGAACUGAGAAAUACAUAAACACUAUAAGAAAUCGAGUAUGAAAUGGCACUUUUAUGGCAUUGUUUAACAGAAAACACUAAUUCUUAUACCUGUGUAUGUUUCCGUAAAAACUAGCUUUCUCUCUUGAAAUUGAUUGUAGAGACUUAUUGCAGGGAUGCAAAUAUUAUAUUUGUCUUAACUUUGUUAUCAUAGAUAAUGUAGUGAUGUAAUUCAAUAGAAUUAAAGGUCUAACGUGA